GAUUCAGAAGUGAGGCAGGUGAUGAAGGUGAAAUAAGUGUUUAUUCACAGCUGUUAAAUUAACAGCAAUUGGAGACGUAUUUGGGAGUGUAUUGUUCAGUGUCAAUACGAACACGUGUCGGUGCUAACUGUCAUCUCAAAUAUUUGAUCGAAUUGUCAAGUUAAAGGACCAAUCAAGGCGCCGUGUCGUGUGCAAUCUAAGCUCGGUGUCAGUGACGACAAACUCCCCAUCCACAUGAUACAAUGAACCAACGGUACAUGGGACAAUCAUAAACGCUGAUACCGUUGGAUUGUAAUGCACUAGAUCUUUCUUGCACGACUAAAAUGAGUCGGCCCAGUGGCCUGGUCAGUUCCGUGGUGUCCAGCGUCUUACUGUGGACAUUCCUGGCAUGUCCUCCGGCAUCCUGCUACCCAGGGGGGGCUCCCGUCAUGGCCUGUGGGGACAUGUUCCCCUCCGGACACGGCACUGAGGCUCAGGUCUCCCCCUCCCCCUACAGGAUCACAGUACCAAAGAAGAAAUAUGACCCCAAUACAACCAUAAAAAUCAGCCUGAUCGCAACAGUCGGGUAUUUCCGUGGUGUCUUCGUGCAGGCUCGGCGAGUGGGAUGUCGCGUCAACGUCACUGAGGUCAUCGGCUCCUUCACCAUCAACGACAAUGAAUUGGAAGCACAACACUGUUUUGGCAAAAUACACUCCGCGGUGACACACAAGAUGCCGUCAAAGAAAACACGGAAGGAUAUUUACUGGACGCCGCCUGUCACACCGGCUGGUCACGUGGUCAUUCGCGCCACCUUUGUGAUGGAGAAGGAGAUGUUCUGGAUCGGCGUGGAGUCAGACAUCUUGGUCGACCUCCAGGAGAUGGACACACCCAAAUGUAUAGCGUCCACGGUGCGGCCAAUCCCAGCCUAUACGACCACAACACCAACCACGCCAUUCGUCAACUACGCCGACGAUAAUGUUCUCGGGAAGUACUCGUCUGGAGCUGUCGGUGUACACACCAAUGUAGCCAUUCUUGGACUCAUACUCUUGGUGCAGGCCCUUUCACGACUUACACACUCUCCGUAGACUACAGAAGACCCAUGGACUAUUAUUAUCAAUCAAGAAGUCGUGUUUAAGAGAUAUGUAUACGGUUUAAAGGCAGGUUUGAAUGAGGCAGGGAGUGUCCAGUUGACUUAGCGUUUCCAUAACAACAGACAAGUGUAUGAUUACAAUGAAACCCAGAGUACAUAGUACGUUUAUUUUGACAAUGUUACGUUAGUUUAAUCAUAAAAUGUAUUAUCAAUCCAGGGUACCGUUGUACAGAGCGAUCUUAUUUCAAAGGUGAUCGUAACUCCCAUACAUUAACAUGGACGUACGGACAGUCGUUGCGCUAAGGUGAUCGUAACUCCCAUACCUUAACAUGGACGUACGGACAGUCGUUGCGCUAAGGUGAUCGUAACUCCCUUACCUUAACAUGGACGUACGGACAGUCGUUGCGCUAAGGUGAUCGUAACUCCCAUACCUUAACAUGGACGUACGGACAGUCGUUGCGCUAAGGUGAUCGUAGCUCCCAUACCUUAACAUGGACGUACGGACAGUCGUUGUGCUAAAGUUGUUUUGUACAAAGGCACCCUGGGACACUUGCAGGUAUGUGGACUCGGAAACUGUCCUCUAUCUUGAGUAUUGCAUUGUAUUUGCGUCAAAAUAAUAAACUGUCUCUAUUCAGAUAGGAUAACAAUUGUCAGCUUCUUUACACUGACUACAGUCAUAAAACGUGGCUUAGAAGAAGGACAUGUGUUAUUUUCAACUGACCGGAUCAAAACCAUUUAAAUUUUGACCAUAAUUAUGAAUGUUUCUGUAACAUAUAUUUUUGCACUUGUGUUCAUCCCCAUUUACAAAUGACUAGUUAUGAUUAUAUUCAUCUUGUUGUGAAUGUUGUACUUCGAAGUCAGCAGUACCACAUCUAUGCCACAGCUAUGCCACGGCUAUACCACAUCUGUAUCACAUCUUUGCCACAGCUAUACCACGGCUAUACCACAUCUGUAUCACAUCUAUGCCACAGCUAUAUCACAGCUAUACCACAUCUGUAUCAUGACGAAAUGUACAUAAUUGAAUCUAAAUAAACAAA